AUGAAGAGUCUUCUCUCCAUGCUCGUUGUUGGAGCUGCCAACGUUCUGGCGGCUCCCCAUGACCCUGGCUUUUUCAGCGAGGAUAUGCUUGAUAGCAAUGGCAAAGAGCUUUGGGGGAAUAUCAAGUCUGCCAUGCCAGAGGCCAAGAUGACUCAAUUCUCUAACCCACCAAAGCCAGCCAGUCGCCGACCGGACCACCACUGGGAUCAUAUUGUUUCUGGAAAGAGUACCGGGGGAUCCUGGGUUCAGAACAAGGGCGAGGAUCCUUCGGAUAUCAGCGAAUACGGCAUGAGAAUCAAGACUGUCGACCCAAGCAAGUUGGGUGUCGACAAGGUAAAACAGUACAGCGGAUAUCUUGACAACAGUGCCGAAGAUAAGCAUCUGUUCUUCUGGUUCUUCGAGUCGCGGAAUGACCCAAAGAACGACCCGGUUGUCCUAUGGCUCAGCGGUGGCCCAGGAUGUUCUUCCAUGACCGGACUCUUCAUGGAAAUGGGUCCUGCCAGAAUAGACGAAAACAUCAAGAUCGUCCACAACCCCCAUUCGUGGAUCAACAAUGCUUCCAUGGUCUUCUUGGAUCAGCCUGUUAACGUUGGAUUCUCCUACGGUGCCAGUGGCGUGUACAACACGGCCGCCGCCUCAAAGGACGUCUAUGCAUUCCUGACCAUGUUCUUCAAGCAAUUCCCUCAAUAUGCUAAGCAGGAUUUCCACAUUGCUGGAGAAUCCUAUGCUGGGCACUACAUUCCAGUCUACGCGGCAGAUAUUCUUGCUCAAGAAUCCAACAUCAACCUGAAGUCGAUCCUUAUCGGAAACGGUCUCACCGAUCCAUUUACCCAAGACGCCUACUAUGAACCCAUGGGCUGCGGCAAGGGCGGCUAUGAAGCUGUUUUGGACGAGUCUUCCUGUAGCGCUAUGAAAGUCGCUAUUCCAGAUUGUCAGAAACGUGUGAAGGCUUGUUACGACAACCCCAAGGACAUUAAGGCAUGUGUGGACGGCGCUCAAGCCUGCGACGAAGCUUUCCUCUCUCCCUACCAGCAAACGGGCCGCAAUGUCUACGAUGUCCGCUCCCCCUGUGAAGAUCCUGCGAACCUCUGUUACCCUAUCAUCGGAUGGAUUACCAAAUAUCUAAACAAGCCCGAGGUCAUCAGCGCUGUUGGUACCGAAACCCACACCUUUGCUUCCUGCAACAACGACGUCAACCGUGGCUUCUUCAACCAGGGAGACUGGAACCAACCCUACCACCGCAAGGUGCCAGAAGUCCUAGCCAAGAUUCCUGCUGUCAUCUACGCUGGCGACGCUGACUUUAUCUGCAACUGGCUCGGUAACCAUGCUUGGUCCGACGCUCUCGAGUGGCCCGGUCAAGCUCAGUUCCAACCCAAGAAUCUCACUGAGGUUAAGAGUAGUGUAAACGGAAAAGCUAUCGGUCAAGUCAAGAACCAUGGAGGUUUCGCUUUCUUCCGUCUAUACGGUGCUGGCCACUUGGUCCCAUACGAUCAGCCUGAAAGCUCCUUGGACUUCUUCAACCGCUGGAUCGGUGGAGAGUGGACCAAAUAG